UUCAGUAUUCAGUAUCGAUUGAACAGCCGCGCGUAGCUCAUCGAAAUCGAGGAAGGAAGAGACGCGACAAGAGAGCGAGCGAGACGGACAGGCGACCAGACAGAGACAGCGACAGCAGGGAAAGGGAGACCAAGACGGAGACCGAGAAGGAGAAGGAGACAUUGAGCGCCUGCCGCCCCCUCUUUUGUAAUAAAUAGCGCUGUGCGAAGCGACCACACUACCAAACGGCAAAAGUCCGCUGAGAGCGACGCAACGCAGGCCACAAAGGCCCGCCCCCUCCCCCCUGCGAUAGACACAACAGAACAGGAACAACUAUUGCAACAACACUACCACACACAAACACACACACACCCGCAGUCAACAACACCCCCCUGAACGAAAGGGAGAACAGUGAAACAGCUGGAACAAGAAACCAGAAAACAAAACAGGCUGACAAAACAAAUGUCAAAAUUAGCGACUGACCAAAGGGAAUUAUAAUCAAAAGUUAAUACGAAAAAAACAACAAACCACCACGCGUUUCUCCCCCAAGUGCCUUAAAAUAAAAAACAAAAACAGGAAAAACAUAACAAACAAACACCGAUCAAAUGAAUUUAAAUAACAAAUUCCAAUGUGAUAAAGCUGAAAUAAUCGUAAAAACCUAACGAACAAGAGUUCGCGUCUGUUCUUUUUUUUUUUUUUGAAUUUUUUCGUAAGUGUGUUGUCUAAAAAUCAAAGAAAUGGAAAAAUAUAAUUAGAACAUCAGAAACAACAAACCCCACAGAGACGGCGGGCAUAAAUUAAGAAAAUCGAAAAACACAAAGCCACAACGUAAAAAAGUAUCCAUAAAUCUAUAUGUGUGCUACACCUCAUAUAUAGAGACGUAAAAUAAGACCAAAACAAAAACAAAGCAAAUCCAGGAAAAGCAGACAACCGAGGAGAACUCAGCACAGCACAACAAAGCAGAAAUGGCAAGCAAACAGCCCAGAAAAGUGGCGCCCGACGGUGGAUGGGGAUGGGUCGCCUGCUUUGGCGUUAGUUUGGUCAACCUGGCCACCCGCUCCAUCGAACCGUCGUUUGGACUGCUCUUUGGCGAUACUCUGAAGGAGCUGAAUGUGGGCACGACGGGAGCAGCGGUUAUCAUCAGUGCGCUGGACGUGUGCAUGAACUUCUCUGGACUAUUUGUGGGGCCGCUGCUGAAGGAGUUCUCCUACCGCAAGGUGGCCAUCGCCGGAUCUCUGCUGUGCGGCCUGGGCCUGGCGCUCACAUCGCCGGCGACGAGCAUGGCCCACAUCCUGAGCACGUACUCGGUGAUCAACGGCAUCGGCGUGGGCCUCUCCACAUCGGCGGCCUUCGUGGCCCUCAAUCACUACUUCAAGCACAAGCGUGGGCAGGCGGUGGGUCUAUCGAUGGCUGGCACCGCCAUGGGCAUGCUGAUAAUGCCGCAGCUGGUGCGGAUCCUGCUGGAAGCGUACGACUUCCGGGGGGCGGUGCUGCUGCUGGCUGGCGUGGCCCUCAAUGCCACGGUCGGAUCGGUGCUGCUGCAGCCGGUGAAGUGGCACAUGAAGGAGGAGUUCGACGACGAGGAGCUCAUGUGCAUCUCGGCCCUGCCCACCCCGCAGCCACAGCUGACGGUGGGCGGAGCAGGUGGCGCGGCAUCAGCUGGAGCGCCCGUGUUUAAGGUGAUCAAGGAGGAUGGCAACGAGGAGGACGCAUUGCCCGAGAUGAACACGCUGCUGUUCCAUAAGCCCCAUCCCCACCAGCACUCGAUGCGCAAGAAUUAUUCCGAAAUGGCCAUGAACACGAUGAACGGCUCUCGGCUGGGUAUUCCGAAGAGGCCAACCUUUCCGCGAAUCAUGUCCCUGGCCGGAGUCCAGUCCGCCGCCCAUGGAGCGGGCGGAGAUUCGGGCGGCUAUACUUCGCAGGCGGAGGUCAACGCCACGCAGCUGCGCUGCCGCAAGGCCUCGGUCACCUCGAACCUCUCCUACAUGGACUUCACCGGCUCCAUUCUCCAGGUGCAUCUCAACACCGGCGACGAUGAGUUCGAGCAGAACGAUCGCGAACUGCGACGUGUUGGCACCGCCACGGGCAGCAUUGUCCUCGGCGGUCAUCGCGAUAGCUUCAUCAAAAUGAAGCCCACCGAGCUGGACAAGCAGGCCGAGGCAGCCGCCGCCCUCGACGAGGAGGCCAAGAAGAAGGCCAAGAAGCCGGGCUUCUGGCGCCGCUUUGCCGAUCUGCUGGACAUCGAUAUGCUCAAGGACAAGAUGUUCCUCAAUCUGCUCUUCGGUCUGUCCAUCUUCUAUGUGGCCGAGAUGAACUUCAAGAUGGUCACGCCGUUCUUCUUUGCCAAUCUGGGCUACCAGAAGACGGACGUCGCCUUUUGCCUCUCGAUCACGGCCAUUACGGAUAUCGCCGCUCGCAUUGUCCUACCGCCGAUAUUCGAUCGCACCACAAUCAAGAAGCGCACCAUUUUCCUCGUUUCCAUCAUCUUUGUUGCCCUGACCCGUUCAAUUAUGGCUGAGCAAACGGAGUGGACCCAGUUGAUGAUUUGGCUUUCGAUCUGCGGUUUCUUCCGUGGAUCCGCUCUGAGCAACUUCACCCUAACCGUAUCCGAAUACUGCUCACUGGAGAAGCUGCCCUCCGCAUUCGGCUGGCAUCUGGUGGGCAAAGCCCUAUUUGUGAUCACAUUUGGACCGCUCAUUGGUCUCAUUCGGGAUUUGACCGACAGCUAUCCGAUUUGCAUACACACCCAGAGCGUUUGCAUAAUGAUUUGCGCCACUGCCUGGGGCAUCGAGUAUCUGGUGGAGUACAUUCAGUCGCGACGUCGCACCGCCGAUGCCGCCCAGUUGCCAACCCAAGAUGUAGCGACGUCGGGCCAGAACGAUGUGAAGCUGUAAGCCGGAGGCCGGAGCACUGGACACGGGAUGAGAUGGACCAGAGAGAUCUACUUUAAGGAAGACAGUGUCGCGGCGAGACGGAGGGUUUCCUCCAGCGAGUACGAGUGCCCAACUAUAAAUAUACUUAAGAGGUUCCUGCACAAUGGAAGGAUAAGACUACGUUUGAUCCUCGAGUGUGGAGGCCUAAUACCCCAAAAUGUAUUAAAACUCAACAUAGUUAAGUCAUUUUUUUCGUUUGUGCUCUUUUUUUUUGCAAUAUGCUUAGUGAGACUUAAGAUCUUGGAGAGACAUAAUCACACACACUCCAUACCCAACGUGUAACCAUAACUGUACCUAUAUGAUUAAGAAGAAUUUUUGUCAGUUUUAGUUGUAUGAACACAUCUCUUAAGUGUAACCAUCCCAGUGGGUUUGGGGCCCACACAGAAGCCCCACAAAGACCACAACAAAGUGCGUUUACAUUUUCAUGUUAGAAUCAAGGAAACCCAAAUUGAUUCAGUUAAGUUCCCAACUUUCUAAUUAUUAUUAUUAUUCGAGCCGUUCUCUUCCCCAAGCGUUUCGCCUUGAAUUGUUCUCCGAUUUGCUUCUUAGUGAACUUGUAUGUGAUAGUUCAAAGAUAGUUCUUAAUUUAGAAGUUAAUCACUACUUAUAAAAAUACUGUUAACUGCAUCUGCAACUGCAACUGCAUCUGCAUCUGAAGAUACAUCGAUGCGACGAGAAGAUAAGGAAGGAGUGUUGAAAUUGAUCGGCUUUAAAAUGUACCUAAGGAGCGAAGUUAAGCAGCGACAAAACAAUUAAACUAUACAAAUAUAAAUAAAACACUAUAUAUCAUUUAUCCUACGUUCAAUACGAAAACUACUUUGGCAUGCAACUAAGUGCGUUAAAUGAACUGACGAAAUAUAGAAGAACAGCCCGCCAGAGGAGCUUUUCCUAAAUUUUUAAGGCGAUGAGACUCUGUUUCUAUUCUAUUCAACGAAAUGCCACAAUAUAUAUAUUUACAAUUGGAGUUGAAUACUUGGAGAGCACUAAACAAAGUCGAAAUCGGAAUGAAGCGAUGAUGACGUGUAUGUUUGGUCCAAAAAUAUUAAGCCUGUAAGAUCUAUCACAUUGUUUAAACAAAUUGCAACUAAGCCCAACCGAUAAGCAAUAAAUGCAAACGAAUCCACGACGAGCCGUGGAAAAAGACCAAGUGAACUCAAUGUAGCAAACUUUUGGGCUCGGCGCGGAAUGCUACACUGAGAACUAAACUAGCCGAUGCCCAGAUGACGACAUUCGGAUAUACUAUAUACACAAAUUACUACUAGAUUAAGUAUAUUUUGGGUACUUAAAUUUAUCAUGGAGCAUAUAUAGAUAUAUAUAUAUAUUUUUGUCGAAUUAGUAACACAGUAAGGAGCGUUUUUGAUACGAGCGUUUGAAGCGAACUUUUGGAAAUGUAUUGCCCGAUAUUGUAGCCCUGCUAAAUAAUAUAUUGUAUCAGUGAAUAUGAAUAUGUGUGUAUACUAAAUUGGUAAAAUAAAGCGAUGAAAAGUA